CGUGGCCGGGCGGGCUGCGCAGCCGCCGGGGCGGUGGAGGCGGCCGGAGCCCCGCAGCCGCCGCCAUGGCGCUGGUCACGCUGCAGCGCUCGCCGACCCCCAGCGCCGCCUCCUCGGCCAGCACCAGCGAGCUGGAGGUUGGCAGUGAUGAGGAGCGUAAAUUAAACGUGAGCCUGAGCGAGAGCUUUUUCAUGGUGAAAGGUGCAGCCCUCUUCUUGCAACAAGGAAACAGCUCCCAGGGCCAGAGAAGUCUCCAGCAUCCUCACAAACAUGCAGGUGAUUUGCCCCAGCACCUCCAGGUGAUGAUCAACCUCCUUCGCUGUGAGGACAGGAUCAAACUGGCUGUCCGGUUGGAAAGCGUGUGGACAGACCGAGUGCGGUACAUGGUGGUUGUGUACAGCAGCGGGCGGCAGGACACCGAAGAGAACAUUCUGCUGGGGGUGGAUUUCUCCAGCAAGGAGAGUAAGAGCUGCACCAUAGGAAUGGUUCUGAGGCUGUGGAGCGACACUAAAAUCCAUCUUGAUGGUGAUGGUGGCUUCAGCGUGAGCACUGCAGGGAGGAUGCACAUCUUCAAGCCAGUGUCGGUGCAAGCCAUGUGGUCUGCUUUACAGAUCCUCCACAAAGCCUGUGAGGUGGCGAGAAGGUACAACUACUUCCCAGGCGGGGUGGCCUUGGUGUGGGCCACGUACUAUGAAAGCUGCAUCAGCUCGGACCAGAGCUGCAUCAAUGAGUGGAACGCGAUGCAGGACCUGGAAUCCACCCGCCCCGACUCUCCAGCGCUGUUUGUUGACAAGCCAACUGAAAGGGAACGAACAGAGCGGCUCAUUAAAGCCAAACUCCGGAGCAUCAUGAUGAGCAAAGACCUGGAAAAUGUCACUUCCAAGGAGAUACGAAAUGAGCUGGAGAAACACAUGAACUGCAACUUGAAGGAAUUCAAGGAAUUCAUAGACAAUGAAAUGCUGCUUAUCCUGGGUCAGAUGGACAAACCAUCUCUCAUUUUUGAUCAUUUAUAUCUGGGCUCCGAGUGGAAUGCCUCCAACCUCGAGGAGCUGCAGGGCUCAGGCAUUGACUACAUCUUGAAUGUGACCAGGGAAAUUGAUAACUUCUUCCCUGGUUUGUUUGCGUAUCACAACAUCCGAGUGUACGACGAGGAGACAACAGACCUCCUGGCUCACUGGAACGAGGCCUACCACUUCAUAAACAAGGCCAAGAAGAACCACUCCAAGUGCCUGGUGCACUGCAAGAUGGGGGUGAGCCGCUCGGCGUCCACCGUCAUCGCGUACGCGAUGAAGGAGUUUGGCUGGUCACUGGAAAAGGCCUAUAACUACGUGAAGCAGAAGCGCAGCAUUGCAAGGCCAAACGCAGGCUUCAUGAGGCAGCUGCUGGAGUACGAAGGCAUUUUAGAUGCGAGCAAGCAGCGCCACAACAAGCUGUGGAAGCAGCAGGCGGAGAGCAACCUGCCCCCCAACACGGACGGCACCACGGGGUCGAGUGACUUCCUCCUGGAGAGCUUGGACAUCGACCUGGAGAACCGCCUGGCUGACCUGGACAUGCCUUCACAGUCGGCGUACCUGGACAACCGCGCCGGCACCGACGUGUCCGUGGGCUUUAACUACUGCUUCCGCCGCCUCUCGGACACGCUGCUGGAGAACAAGAUUCCCAGUGACAGGGAGGGCUUUUUCCCUGUGGAGGAGCUGGAGCGGGAUGUGCUUGCGGAGCGCACUGCCUCGCUGGUGGGACAGCAUCCAUCUGCGCCGUUGGAGGGUAGGAUGCUGGAGACAGCAAAAGCCCUGGAGACCGCAGAGCCGCUGGCAGAGCUGAGCAGCUUCUGUGAGAAGGAGGCAAAGAAGAAGCUGGAUUUCAGCCCCCGGAAGGGGAGGAUAGUGCUGGGCCCCGGGGACCACAGGGAGGACUCUGUCAGGGAGGAAAAUCCAAUGGAGAAGUGGAAGCGGCGCUUGUCCAUGCACAAGGAGGAGAGCAGGCUUAAUAGAGAGAACUUGAAUAACAACAACAGCAAAAGGAGUUGCCCAGAGGAUUUUGAGCACGAUGCUGUGUUUGGGAUCCUCAGUAAGGUGAAGCCUUCCUACCAGUCCUGCGCUGACUGCAUGUACUCCUCAGCUGGUUUGUCCCCGGACUCCUUUGGGGAGCAGUGUGAGAAGCUGAACCCCGGCACCGCGCGUCGCAGCACCGCCACCAUCUGCACGCAGCCAGCCUUCCUCUCCCACAUCAACUCCAACUUGGCAGAGCACCUGCCCAGCAAGGCACGCUUGGAGGAGGCAAUCAGAACUAAAACCAACGAGGCUCCGCUUCCUCUCUCGGCAGGAACUGGUGCUCUGGAGGCUGAUGCUUGCAAAUCACUCGAUCAGCACUGCAGUGUUUUGGAGAAGGGAAAAGAUGCACCAAAAACCCCGGUCAAAACUCUGCUGCCCAGGAGAAACUCUCACUGUGACAAGAGCCUCCUUAACGUGGAAGUGGUAAAAGAGGAGUCUCUAGCCAGAAAAGACAGCAAACCUACCAAGGAUCUGAAGUACUUGUUCAGCAAAGACUUGGAAAAGCCAAGUGCAAACAGUUACUUGAUGCAGCAUCAGGAGUCUCUUAUCCAGCUGCAGAAGGCAGGCCUGGUUAGGAAGCACACCAAAGAGCUGGAGCGGCUGAAGAGCCUGCCCUCGGAUGCCUCAUCCCUGCUCAGGGAGAGCCCCUUCGGCAGGGUGGACUCUGGCAUCAUGGAGGAGAGUGAGGAUUUGAUUUCACAUCCCACCCUCGUGCCUCUCCUGGCACCAGCACCGCUGAUACCUGAGGACGCAGAGAACAACGUGGAGAAGUCGGAGGUGAAGCGCGUCUUGGAGGGGAGCUCCCAGAAGACCUCCACGCCGGUGGCGUGCCGGCUGGAGCACACGAGCAGCUUCACCAAGGACUUCCUGAAGACCAUCUGCUACACCCCGUCCUCCUCUCGCAGCUCCAACCUGACGCGCAGCUCCAGCAGCGACAGCAUCCACAGCGUGCGGGGCAAGCCCGGCCUCGUGAAGCAGCGGACUCAGGAAAUAGAGACCCGGCUGCGGCUGGCGGGCUUGACUGUGUCUUCCCCUCUGAAAAGGUCCAACUCUCUCGCCAAGCUGGGGUGUCUGAACCUGUCCUCUGAGGACUUAUCCAGUGACAUGGAGGUGUCAACCAUAACGGACUCCAAAGAGGCCGUUUCCAGCGAGUCUUCCAUGCUCUGUGAGCCACAAUCCACGCUAAGGGGUGCAGACAUCACCUCCAAGCUGGCAGCGAAGCCAGCGGUUGGAAACUUGAAGAACACGCUUUGGAUGGGCAAAAGUUGAUGCCUUCCGUGGGGGGUGCAGGGGAUUUUGAGGGGUUUAUGGCAUUUGUUCGUUGCACCGAUGCAGUUUAUCAUCUGACUCGCAGUAGUUCAUCUGAUGCCACCUCUUCGUCCCCCCCCUUGUACUCUAAGUGGGAUGAAAAAAGCCCAUAAUGGGUCAUGGUGAAUGGCACAAGGGAAAAUAAAAUGUAUUGCAUGGCUUAGAAGAGGACCUUGUGUGUGAAUCGCCCGUUGUCCUGCAGGAUGCUCUUUCUAGUACUGUUUGCCAAGUAUAAUAAUGUGGGUUUGUGUGUGUAUAUAGAUAGAUACUUGUGCUAUUUAUCUAUCUAUAUAUAUAAAAUGCUGAAAUACUCUGUUUCAAAGACUCAAAAGAAUUAGUCAUGACUUUUUACAGAACAAACACAAGUCUCCGGUUAAAACAGGGCACUUAUGGAAAAAUCCUUAAAACGGUGACACGAACACUACCUCUGAUCUUGCUGACUUUGAGUCUUGGGUUGUUGUUUGUCUUUUUUAAAGGCUUUUCCCACAAUACUUCUGUUGUUUGAAGGUAUUUCCUUGAUGGGAACUGUAAAGGCCGAGAGGAGACAGAGGCUUUCCUGGCUCUGAAGUGAAGGAGUAUCGAGCUGUGUUCGUGUUGACUCUGUGACCCGAUGGCAUUUGUCUUCACUGGGUGGAUUGUCACAGCCUUGUGUUGGUGCUGGAGGGACCCCCAGGCUGUGUCACUGUCACGGGCUCCCAUGGAGGGGUGUUGUGUUCUUUGGGUGUUGUUGCUGUCGUGGUUUGUAAUGUCAGUGCUAAUGAUGAGCUUGGCCAGUAAGUGACCGUGGACCCCAGUGAAGCUUUGUGUGAUGCUGUGUCAGUGUCGUGGAUCCUUCAUCGGGCUGUCGGGACACACUGAGGAGGGGCUGCUCUUUGGUGUCCCACGUGUUUGCAGUAGGUGAUCGUGUCUCUCCUGAUCGUUGCUGUUGGUUUUGGUAGGACAGUUCCUGUGUCCUGGGUUUGGGAAGCCCAGCGGGUUAUUUAUGCCGGGUGGCAGGAGCCUGGGUGGCCGCAGAGCCCGCGUGUACAUGUCCCAGCCUCCUGCCAGGGGUGGCAGAACCAUUAAUCCUGCUCUGAGGAGGAGUUGUGCCUCCUCGGGUGAGCAGUCACAGAGAAAUAGAGGCUCACUCCAACGAGAGAGGGAUGUUGGAGGUGAGGGUGAGAUCUCCCUGAGCUCUCCUUUCACAGGAGGGCAGCCAGGGGCUGCCCGUGCUCUCCCUCAGCGAGGUGCUCAUGGUGCUCAACUGCCCCGUGCCAGGCCUGGCCACGUCAGGAGGGAAGAGCUUGGGAAGCGUGUUUGGGGAUCAUGCUCCAAACCUCGGUGCUCACCGAGUCCCAGCGAGCUCCCCAUGUCUUCAGAUCUCCAUCAAAAGCCAUUCUUAACAUCCCCUCUGCGAGGUGGGGGUCACAGGGCUGCAGCAGUCGUGCUGAGUCUGUGGUAAUCAGAAGUCCACUGUCUCCAGGCAGGGAGCCCUGUGGUUUCACUGUCCUAAAUGCCCAGAGUUUACCUUUUUUCCCCACAUUUUUAUAUUGUGUGAGGAAUUGUCAGGGCUGGCAAUCAGAUAAAUGUCCCUCCUUAAAGGGUCUGAAGUUGGAUGUGUGUUUUUAGCUUGAGGCAUCCUUCCCGUUCCACCCAUGGAAGCUGGAUUGAGGCAAGAGCUGCUGGACAAGGUGUGCGGGUCUUUGCUUCUAGGGCUGAGAAGAUGCUGGGUCAUGUUCAGCGUGAAACCCUCUGCUCCACGGCUGCGCUUCCAGAUCUGCUGCAAUAAACCUCCUGUAUCUGUUCCAUCUUCCCUGUCCUUGUUCCCUCCCGGAUUCCCUCGGAUGAAGGGGGCCCCAUUGGGUGCUGCAGGGCUCAGAGCAGCCGCCUCGGAGGGGGUUUGUGCCUCCUGCUCCCAGCACGGCCUCAUCACCCACCUCGGCUUGCCCCUUGUUGGCAGGGUUGCUUUUCUCUGCUAUAUGUUACACUGCAGCCGCUUCCCAUUGCUGCCCGGCCACUGGGAGAACUGGGAGAGCUGGACUGGGAUAACUUCGGAAGGAUUCCAUUAACUGAUAGAAGCAAACGUGCAUCUUUCCUCCCUGUUUCCUCCAGUGCCUGCUGGGUGCUGUGUACAAACCGCUGCUCUCCUGGGCUCUGACCCCCUUUGGCCUCGGCUCUGGCUGGACCAACCCCAGCCUGGGCUCGGGGCUGUGUCGUCGCGACGCUGUCGGGAUAGAGGCUUGGUGGAGGGGCUCGGGAAGCACUCGUGUGCCAUUUGGAUGGGUUUGUAGCCAAACCUCCGACGCUUGCAGACUUCAGUAGAGUUGUUGCAUGAGAAGGUAGAUGUGUUCGUCCUCUCCCGCGUAUUGUAACUGUUCUUUUCCAAUGGAGUGCCUUAAUACUAGUUUACAAAUACUGUGUAUUCACGCUGAGCUGUUACUCUGCUGUUUGCUGUUCUUUAUGUUUCGGUGCUUUUGGUGUUUCCGGCGGCCGUGAGACCGUUGCUACUUCUGCAGAUCCACAUCUCGGCCCCGCUGAGCUCAAACCACUUCCCCCUGCCCUGUACAUGGUGAAACCAAAGGGCUGUGGGCGACGCUGCUGCAGCACUUGCAGCUCCCAGUGCUCCCGUUUGAUCUAUGCAUUGCUGCAGGAAGGGGACGGGGGGAUCCAGGGAGACAUCCCACCAACGUGGAUCACCGGCUGUGAACCCAAACCCAGUCCCCUCCUGCCAGAGAACCCCAAAUGCACAAAACUGGCACCUUAUUCCAGCCCAGGUCUGUGUGGUAGCAAUAGGCGUCCUCCCGACGGGAUGCUCCGGGAGGUGAUCCUGGUUAUUCCAUGAGCGCAGCCCCGGAGGAGGGGUGGGUGAUGUUGUAGCUGUUCCAGUGCUGUACUCUGAUAACAACCGUUCCUUUGACUUCAUGGUGUUUCUGAAUCCUGGUUUUAUAUCGAAACAAGCAGCAUCUUUUGUACUGUACGAGGCAUAAUGCACUUUUUUUUUACCUUUUGGUUGUAAAAUGGAUUGUACAUUUUAUGUGCUUCUUGUGAGGAAAAAGAAAUAAACCUUUUUGUUCUGUUUUCCUUUUA